CAGUGGAAUCCCAAACGCUUAACAGCGGAGACGGAAUUCAUAAUGGGAUCGAAGGCUAACAAAGCAUUAGGUUUGGGAGCUACCAGGGGAAGAGUUUACAUGAAACAUCCUGAUUUGUUUAAAUAUACUAGCGAUCAGGAUGACAAGCAAUGGCUUGUUGAGAAUCGCUACAUGUCAGCCACUGGCGGUAAAACGUACAUAUUGAUACUCGAUGACAUAAGAGAACUUGCUCACACUGAUGAAUACAGAGAUUGUCCCGGACUGGCUUUAAAUGAAUUAGUUGGGUUUACUGUACCCAUCAGAAUGAUAAAAAAAAUGCAAGAUCACAUGAAUUCUCAGAGAACCGAC